GGUUGGACCAUGUGUUUGGACCCGCCCAUCCCGGAAACGGGCAAAUCCGGGUCAUAAAGACGGGACUCCAAGAUGGCCGCCGAAGAGAGCCCGGGACAACAAGGACUCUCUCCACAGCGACACAGAGAGCUUUUCGGGCGAUUUUGCCGACAAAAGUUCCACGACGGAGGGCGCGGGUGCAGCAAGACGGUGUCCAGCAAGAAGCGAGACAGGAUAGUUCGCUACCUCAGCAACAAACUGGAAGCCGACGCCGUUUCGCCGCAUUUUCGAUUCUGGGUCAAGACCCGCGGGUUUCAGCUGGUGGAGAUGGACGGGGCGCAGGUCCUGUGCCUUCCCAACAAGCAGAGGGUGGAAUCUGACCCCGAGUCGGUGGGGUGGAAGAGAGUGGUGUCAGUGGAGGAAUUCUUUGAUGUGAUAGCAACUCAUCACCUUGUGGAGGAUGGCUGUCACCUCGGGAUCAAGAAGACGCUCUCAAAGAUUGUAAAGAAAUAUGAGUGUAUGACCAGGACUGCUGUGGAAGGGUACAUGGAGCUAUGCAGUGGGUGUCGAGGUAGGGCCAGGAAACGAGGUGGGCGGGGCCUUGCUGUGACUCCACCCACUGGUCGUCUGAGGGACUCCAACCCCAUCUCAUUCAUGGCCUCAACUCAGGUGGAUCUGAUGGACAUGAGUCCAAACAUGGACGGCCAGUACCAGUGGUUGGGUCAUUUCAGCGACCACUGGUCCUGUUUCCACGUCCUCUUCCCUCUCACUUCUGUCUCUGCCACUGAACUGGCUCUCAACCUCUGCCGUCACGUAUUUGCAGUGUUUGGAUUCCCGCAAGUCCUCCACUGUAACCUGGGUCGUCAGUUCACGGCUCAGGUGGUCACGUCUCUCUCCCACCACUGGCAGGGCGACGUGGAGACACAGGUCAUGACAACAAGACUCCAUAACCCAGCCCUGGACACCGCCACCGCCAAACUUGAAGAACUGAUAGCCGAAUACUUGCCUCGGAGACCUCGCUGGACGCAGUGGCUCCCCUUUGUUCAAUACACCUUGAACACGGAGCCGACUUCUAAACAGGUCAAAACCGGCUUUUCAAAAUCUCCGCUCAACAUCUUGUUCCCUUGCCUGACCAGCUGGAAGACGGGGGAAGGGGAGGAGGAGGAGGAGGAGGAGGGAGAGGAAGAGGGAGAGAGUGAAGAGGGAGAGGAGGAGGAGGUGCAGCUGGAGAUAAUAUCAGACUCAAUUACUCAGGGGACUACCCCGGAAGUUUGGCAGAUGAAUGUGAACCCCAUUCCUCCAGUCACCUCUGGUCCACCCACCAGCCAGUCUACCUCCACACCUAAUGUGGUGUUGCCUUCGGCUGCCCCCUCUGAAGAUGGAAUGAAAGAGAAGGAAGAAGAGAGGAGAGGGGAGGGAGAAGGAGGAGGAGGAGGAGGAGCAGGAGGGGGAGAGGACACAUCAGUACAGCAGAUCCUCAUGCCACCUGAUGCAGACUUUCUCUCUACCUUCUAUGAAGCAGCACAGGCGGGUCUAGAGUUUUAUAUAGUUAUCAGCACCACUUAAAACCUAUGUGAUAGAAGCCCAACACAAUAAUACCUGACUGGCUGUAUGUGAAUAUGUAGUUCUUUCCAUGCAUGCUUGUUUUUUAACCCCAACACACACAUUUUGCAAGAGGCUUUUCCUUUUGCCUAGGGUUUACACUUUCAGUGAUUUUCACGUCUCAAAUAUCAGACACUGCCUCUCCUU